ACCCACCACUCUCCUCCCCUCGCUCACUUCUCACGCCUCUUGGACGACAGGACACGAGUGCAUUCUUGCUGCUCCAUAUUAUGCCGCACAACGAGACCGGCUCGUGACGACGGCGACAUCCCCACAACCGCCACCACCCUCCUCUCCGCCGACGCAGCAGCCAAAUGACGGCUGAUGCGGUGGACUGCACUCCGGCCACUCCCCUCGGCCUCGCACGCGACCGGCACGACGACAUGGCCCAUGGUGCUCGCCGUGCUGCUAUGCGCCUGGUGCGCCGCAGUCGCCAAUGGCAUGACCGAUGACCAAGUCUCACACCUCCGCCGCGACACUCAAAAUCUGUUCUAUCAUGGCUUUGACAAUUAUAUGCGCCAUGCUUUCCCCGAGGAUGAGCUUCGACCCAUCUCAUGUCGUCCGCAGACUCGCAAUCGCCACGACCCUCGCGACAUCGGUCUCAACGACGUCCUCGGCAACUACAGUCUGACCCUCAUCGAUUCUCUAUCCACUCUCGCCAUCCUCGCUUCCGGCCCACAGGACAAGAAAGACAGGCACAACCCGCUGCGUGACUUCCAGGACGGAGUCAAGAGCUUGGUGGAAUUGUAUGGAGACGGCACUGAGUCGGGCAGGUGCGGCACGCGAGCAUGUGGCUUCGAUCUGGACUCCAAAGUCCAGGUAUUCGAAACCAACAUUCGCGGCGUGGGCGGCUUGUUGUCUGCCCAUCUUUUCGCGCAAGGCGAUCUGCCCAUCGCGGGAUACAACCCAGUCUGGAAGGCUGGCAGAAAUGCCGGCAUCAAGUGGAAGAACGGUCUCAGAUAUAAUGGUCAGCUGCUCCGUCUGGCUCAGGAUCUAGCCGAGCGACUUCUUCCCGCUUUCAGUACGCCCACCGACAUUCCCUAUCCGAGAGUAAAUCUGCGCCAUGGAAUCCCCUUCUACCAGGACGCAGAGUCGGGCUUCUGCCGUGCUGACGGGACCUCCACCGAUCCACGUGAGAUUACCGAAAAUUGCUCAGCGGGCGCCGGCAGUCUGGUCCUAGAGUUUACUGCGCUCAGUCGCAUGACGGGAGAUCCACGCUUCGAGGACGCAGCGAAGAAAGCGUUCUGGGCGAUUUGGGAUCGGAGAUCCAGCAUCGAUCUGCUCGGCAAUGGUAUUGAUGCAGAGACAGGCCAGUGGACUCGCCCUGCGCUUUCUGGCAUCGGAGCUGGCAUUGACUCGUUCUUCGAGUACUCCCUCAAAUCCCAUAUCCUGCUCUCGAACUUACCCUACGACCCACGCAACUACUCGACUGAGUCGCCGGAGAGUUUCCUGGGCGUAUGGCAGCAAGCUCACGCGAGUGUGAAACGUCACAUCUAUAGAAAUCCACGAAUGGUGAAGCAUCCAUUCUACGCCCAGGUCGAUCCAGAUACAGGCGGUGAGCGCCACAAUUGGGUGGACAACCUCUCUGCCUAUUAUCCAGGGCUACUCGUACUCGCCGGCGAGCUCGAUGAGGCCACCGAGUCGCACCUGCUGUGGAGUGCAUUGUGGACCAAAUUCGGCGCACUUCCUGAACGCUGGCCAGUCGGGAGCAACUAUCUCGAACCACAUUUCAAGCACUGGGCAGGACGUCCGGAGUUCAUCGAGAGCACUUUUCAUCUCCAUCAAGCCACCAAAGAUCCUUACUAUCUCCAUGUGGGUGAGAUGGCACUGCGCAACAUCAGAAUGCGAUGCUGGACCAAGUGCGGUUGGGCGGACCUUGGUGAUGUGAGAACGGGUGAACAACGAGACCGCAUGGAAAGCUUUUUUCUCGGGGAAACCGCCAAGUACCUGUACCUGCUUUUUACAGCAGAUCAUCCUCUCAACAGACUUGACUCACCCAUAGUCUUCACGACCGAGGGCCACCCUCUCAUCAUUCCAAAUGAUGUGAGGAUUUCUGAUCAGGAGCAUCCAUUCAAGGUUGCCAACAGACGCAAUGAACGCGCGAUGUCGGCGCCUGCGCCCACAUGCGCUGUUGCACCGACCUCAUUGCCACUCACGGUCAGCAACACAGCAAACAGGGGAGAUUUGUUCCACGCCGCAGCACUCGCUCAACUUCACACGGAGCGUAUUCCACCCAGCCAUCAGUCUUCUCGCUUGGAGCGUCCUUCGAAAAAUAGCCCAGGCAUAUCAUUGGCAGAUGUGCAAAGCCCCACCAAUUACACUUUCCAUCCAUGGACUCUACCCCAAUCUCUCGUCCCCGCGAAAGGCCUGUCGUCGCCCAUCAUCAAUCCGAUUGUCAGUACCUUGACCUUCCCUACCUUAGGCAGCUCUGCUGCUGAAGUGGAGAAGGGACAGAUGCCUUUCAACGCAGUGCAGAAGGUCGAACUCGGAGUUCUCAUCAACUCCCUCUCCAACAUGCGCAUUGGCAUGGUCCAGCAGCCGAGGAGUGUGCUGCUCCCUGAUGGUCAUGGUGUGCUCGUAGAGAGCAUCAUGGGUGACGAGUAUCGGAUCAACACCAUUGGCAACUUCGCUCUUGGCAAGGAUGAAAGAGUGCUAUUGACGAGUACGGCACUAAAAGAUGUCAGCCCUGCGGAUCCUCACUUUACGAGACAGCGAGACCUGGAGAUGAUCGACCUCAUUGUCGACGUGCCGACCUGGGUUGACGACAGGGACGCGAUGGACGUGGAGCUAUCAGAGAACGGCACCCUAGAUGCACUGUGGGAUGAGCUUGACAACAUGUUGAAUAAGCUCCUCCCAGGAUCUGGCUCUGACUACAAGCUGUCCGACAAGCUUCGUGGGAAUACAAGGACUGACGGCGUGCCUUCAGUGUUGAGGUACGCAAUUCCCGCCAUUCUACCUACGGGUCCCGGAGCAAGUGCCCCAGAGUCUGAGAUGGACGUGGAUGUCAUCACUACCACCCUUGGUAAUUUGCCGCAAAAGUCUGUAUUCUUCCUCGAUGACACUUUGUGUGACAACAGACUGCCUAUCAAUGUCGCCCGGCAGUAUCAGGUUCUCGUUGUCAUGCGAGGUGGAUGCUCCUUCAACGACAAACUCGCGAACAUACCCUCAUUCGUGCCCUCUCCCGAUGCACUACAGCUAGUCAUCGUCGUGAGUGGGCUGACUGCCAACGAGAACGAUAUUGGCCAUCAGGGUGAACAUGGUCUGAUCAGACCUCUGCUCGACCAGAUUCAGCGCAUGCCUUCUGGCAUCGUUCGACCGCACCCUAUAGCAAUGUGCAUGCUAGACGGGACAACUGUGCCAACGAUACCGCGCAACAGGGCCGCUGCUAACGACGAUGGAAAGGAGCUCGACGCUCUUGCGUUGCUUGAUCUUGUUGCUACUGGAAAAGGUACUUUCGAUGAUCGCGGACAAUUCCAGAGACUUCCUGCUGCCAACGGGAAAGGCAGUUCGGGCGGGGGCAUUGGAGUGAAGAGGCGAUAUUGGUUCGAGAGUCUUGGCGUACCGAUUGGCAAUUUGAUGAUGUUGUAGCUUGACGAUUCCAUAUUGCCUUCUGGGAAGUCCAGAGACUCGUAUGGGACUGACGCGAGCGACAUUUGAGAGCUUGCGAUAUUCGUGAGCGCGUUGCGAACAGAACAUCGUGAUUGAUCUAUUUGGUCUCACACGACUGCAAAUACAGGAAUAGAGGUGGACCAGGGCCCAUUGAUCUUCACUUGUACAUAUUUUGCAAGAAGGUACGGAUUAUAUCGGUUGGACCAUGUCUCCCGUGGCCACACAGCAGGUGACUGGCAGAUGCUAUUCCAUUCUUCGGAUAGAGAAUCGUCGCUUCACCAGGAACAAAGCACAUCGUGCUUGUCACCUGCGCACUCCGCACAAUCCGCAAAAUCCGCUUCGCCCCAGACUGGUCGGCCCAUAGCUCUCUGUCAGCAUCUCGUGUGGACUCCCGACAGCAAUGCCGAAACCGCCGCUUUGGUAGUUUGUGACCGACCGAGCGAGCGGCUCUCGCAAGCUCCGUUUAGCUUUCUGCCAAGUCUCGUGGCUUGAACGCCUCUUGCUCAAAGUACGCUUUACGCCUCGGCUUGCCCUGCGGUGAGUCAAGGUUCCUUCAAGCGCAAAAAUAAGAGUGCAAACUUUCGAGCUUCUUGUGACGUUGUGAUGUUUUGCCAUGUGCAUGGAAUCGUCACUGAAAGCACAGAAGGAAUGUAAUGGGGAGUCUAGAACGUGAGAGAUGGUAGCACGACAGUAGGUGAGGGGAGGGGGAUCGGUAGGUACUUGGCAUGCAUGUGGUCGACAGCGGAAGCAGGAAGGACAUGACGGGUCUUGACGGACAUUCGUCUGUAUGCACCCCAGAGGAUCUACGAUGCUACGAUGUGUCCGGGGGCCUCCGGUGCUUCUUGUCCCUUUGUGGUAAGUUCUCCUUGCGUAAGGGAAUCUUGGCGGUUUGUAUCGUGUUCCUAAAUGAGUAUGUGGACGAGAGCCUCAACCA